AUGAAAGAAAUAUUGGAUCAAUGGGAUAACGCGACCAAGCAGUUGUUCUAUUUUAACUACGGUGACCUGCCUUAUCUGCUCAGUGUCAAGGUGGACAAGUAUUUAUUCCAAACCCUUGCUCAGUUUCGGAACCCUGCCUACAAUUGUUUCACUUUUGGAAAAGUAGACUUAGUUCCUACCGUGGAAGAGUAUACGACUUUGCUUCGGUGCCCAAAGAUUCAAGUUAACAAGGCUUAUUCUAGAGCUACUAGUGUCCCGACGUUGUUAAAAAAAUUGAUAAACAUCACAGGGAUGAGUGAACAGUGGGUUGCUGCUCGAAUCCAACAGAAAGGUGGCAGCAAAUGCGUUCCUUGGAAAAGCUUGCGAGAUUUAGUACUAGUACAUCCUAAUGUGAAGAAAAGAUCUGAUGUCUUCGCUCUAGGUAUCUAUGGAUUAGUAAUCUUCCCCAAAGCUUUAAGGCACAUAGAUGAGGCCGUCUCUGAUUUUUUUGAUCUGCUUAGUAAGGGGGUUACGCCCGUUCCGGCAAUACUGGCUGAAACUUUCAAAUCUUUGAAUGCAUGCCGGAGAGCAAAUGAGGGAAGAUUCAUUGGAUGUGCACAGCUUUUAUUAGCAUGGUUUCAUAGCCACUUCUGGAAAAUAAAAAAAGUCUCUUAUCGAGUAUUCUCUGAUAGCUACUCCCCUCUGGAGGAAUUGGUGGCUACGCCAAGGCGAGAUGACAUUUCGAAAGAAAAAUGGAUGGCAAUACUUCAGAAUCUCCAAGAUGAAGAUGUCGAAUGGAGAGCUCCUUGGUUAAUUCCCGAUGAGAUUUUAUACCGGUGCAGAGAUUUUGACUGGGUUUUUCUGCUCGGGAUAUGGGGACUUGUCGGAUACGCUCCUCUACUCGUAUCAAGACAGUUUAGAUCACGGUAA